GAGAAGAGCCUUUCGUUAGUACUAUAUUAGCAUUCACUGGUAUGUUGCUGUAGUAUAACAACGCUGGAAGCUCUCAUGUGCACUAUAUACGUUGAGGCAGCUCUGAAAUUAAAAGAUUUGAAAUGCAGCUGAAGAAUUAUUUAGUAAACGACGGCCUACGACUCUUUAUAUGGGUUGCCUGGAUAUCCAUAAACGCUUCGCUAUUCUACUUUACAUUUAUGUAUUAUUAUAACGGGAUUCAGUUUUAUUACCUUCACCAAAUGUUAGGGUACGGUCUAUGCAUCAGUAGAGCAAGUGCUGCGUGUAUUAAUCUCAACAGCAGUUUCAUUCUAUUUCCAAUGUGCCGAGGACUUGUAACAUUUAUGAGAGGAUUGCCGCGGGGUGUUGGGCGACAGGUUCGAAGACUUUUAGACAGAGGGCGGUCCUUUCAUAUACUGUGUGGGUAUAUACUGUGCCUGUUAGCCGGUGUUCACUGUGCCGCGCAUGCGUACAACGCUGUCUACUUCUCAAAAUAUUACAACUCAAGAUAUAAAGAUCUGAACGUAGCAAAAUAUAGCAACCAGAAUCCAUUGUUAAUGCUUGUGACGUCACUAUCAGGCAUUACAGGAAUAUUAUUGGUCAUCUCAUUAGUCGUCAUUUCCGCUUUCGCGUCUCGUCCAAUCAGGCGGAAUAAUCACAAUAAGUUCUGGAAGACGCAUCAUAUAUUUAUUGUUUUCUACGCAUUGAUAUUUAUACACGCGAUGGAUGGUGUAAUAAAGUACCAGACGAACGUGGACCAGCAUAAACCAGGGUGCUUCAUAAUAAUCGACCAAACCAAUAAUACCUCCAACAUAUCAAUGGUACAACCAGAACCUGAACCAUUUCCGAACCAUCCUAGCAUGGUGAAACCAAAAAUGGUUGCUGUUCCAGAGCCACCUCAUGGGGAACCAUUUCCAAAUAUGAAAUUGGCAUCAAAAAUGCCAUCAAAAACAGACAUGAAAUUUAUGAACAACACUGCUCCACAACCCCACCAUGUGAUUAUGCCUGAGCCGGAACCAAUGCCGCACAAGGGCGCUCAUGGUGCACCAAAUACAACAAGAAUUUUCGUCCACGGUUCCUGGGUUGAAGUGAUGGAAUGCGUACAACCACCGCCCAAGUUUAGUUCAUGUGGUCAAGAGGCUUGGCUUUGGCUUUGUGCUCCUUUGAUUAUCUACGUCAUAGAGCGUAUUGGACGUCAUUUCCGAUCGUCUCAUGACGUCACAACGAUAGUGAAAUUUAUCGAGCACCCAUGUGACGUCAUCGAGUUACGUUUAUACAGAAACGGCUUUUCAGCGAAACCAGGCCAGUGUAUUUGGGUUCGUUGUCCCCAGCUUUCCAAAGUAGAAAGCCAUCCGUUUAGUUUAACUUCUGUUCCUUCCAAAGACGAUCCCACGUUUGGAAUUCAUGUCAAAUUGCGCGGCGACUGGACAGAAGAACUACGUGACUUGAUGGUUCGAGAACUAAACCCAGUUGUUGAAAUCUCGAAAGAUAAAAUCAUUGCGGGAGGAAAUUUUCUAGAAAAAGAUGAUGAACUAUCAAAUAGAGGGGAAACGGAGUACAAACGUAACCCUAAUAAUUCCCAAUACUUGGCGACUAUGGCAAGUCCAAAUCAAUCAAUAAAUAAACCAUGUUUGGUACAUAACUUCAGGACUCAAGAAACGGAUUUUCAAAUGCACUGUACUCUUUCAAAUUCAACUAUUUCGUUGUACGAUAAUCACGAAAUGCCUACACAUCAAGAAAAUAUAGAUGAUCAAACAUGUAAGAAGACUUCGUCUACAUGCCUUUCUCAAUACAGUUUGGAAUCCGAAAGUCAGCGAAACCUUCCGAAAUCAACAACGUUACAUUCGAAAGAUCAGCAAAAUCUUCAAAACGAAACAACGUUAUAUUCCGAAGAUCAGCGAAAUGUUCCGAAAAGUACAGCAUUGGUUUCCGAAGCUUGUUCUACAAAAAACGACAUCCAUUUACCGUGCAAUCAAACUGUUUCAAAGCAAUUGCCAAUUUUAUGUGUGGAAGGACCGACAGGUGGAGCUAUGGAGGAUAUAUUUAAAUAUAAGAUUUCCAUGUGCGUUGCUGGAGGAAUAGGAGUCACACCAUAUGCGUCUGUACUUAAUGCUUUAUUAAAAGAUGAAGACCUCUUCUCUCGAAUGAAGUUGAAACGUCUUUACCUAAUAUGGUCAUGCAAGGACCCACGUUCAUUCUCAUGGUUUGCGUCACUGAUUCGUGACGUACAAAUAGUGUUGUGGAAGCGAAACUGUCCCGACCUGUUAUCAGUACGUCUUCACAUUACUGGUUCAAAUACGUUGCAAUCUGAAGAAUCGGGUGACCAGUUGUUAUCAGACAUACAAGGCUGCCAUGUAGCGUAUGGUAGACCAGACGUAACACAAGUGUUUGAAGAAAUUCGGACUGCAGCUCAAUACCAAAGAUCAACAGUUGGAGUAUUCUGUUGCGGACAUCGCUUAUUGGUUUCUAGCGUGAAGCAUCAUUGUCUCAAAACAAAAUCCAGCAAAGUGAAAUUUUUAUUUAACAAAGAAGCAUUUUAGAUAUUUUAGCCUUAUUACUUUUACCGAAGUCAGCAUAUUUUUACAGCAUUUUAUACCAGUAUUAUUGCAUUUUCAACAUAUUUAUUUACCAAACGUGUAGCAAACUCUGUAUUGCGAGUAUUUUUAUGCAGUUUAGUUACAUUUUUAGACAAAAACAACGCCUAACUUAUUUCCUUUUCGUAGAAAAUUACUUUUUCUAAUUUCUCCCUUCAUAUUUUCCUCGCUGUAUAAGCGUUAAACCAUACAGUUCCCAGCAAAGGCUGCUAUUUAUAUUACUGUUUUAUACCGUUGCAAUUUUAUGCAGUAUUAUUUCAAAUUUUUACAUACUGCCUUUCGUGACUUUUAGACAAUAAAACAUUCCAGUUAUUU